AUGUCGGGCCUUAAUACUACUGCAGAAUAUGAAUUCAAGAAACAAUUGACCUAUGGCUGCCAUGCAAAGAUCGAUGGCUACGGCACCUCAUAUGGCUACGUCCCCUCGCUGGCUGCGGGCAUUGUAUUUUGUGUCCUCUUCGGUCUGUCGAUGUUGCUCCAUACAUUGCAGCUGGUGUGGAAGAGGACCUGGUGGUGCUCUGUCUUCGUUCUUGGAUGUAUCACGGAGGUCCUGGGCUGGGCAGCACGUACCUGGUCUGCUGAAUGUCCAUACAAUGGAACCGCCUUUCUCAUGCAAAUCUCUACCUUGAUCAUCGCCCCCACUUUCUUUACCGCCGGGAUCUACGUGCUCCUGGGCCGUUUCAUCCACCUGUUGGGGCCCGAGACCUCAAUUUUGAGUCCGAAACUCUAUCUCUGGAUUUUCGUCACCUGCGAUAUCAUCUCAUUGGUUGUCCAGGCUGUGGGUGGUGGCAUGGCGUCGAUGGAAGUCAACAAGGUCAACGGCGAUACUGCUCCAGGCACGCACACCAUGGUCGCCGGUAUCGUGUUCCAGCUGGCGUCUAUCACGGUCUUUGUUUUCCUCGCCGCUGAUUUCGUCCGUCGCACUCUCCGUAUGCGGAUCUUGCAAACCAUGACCGGCACGAUCAUCCCUCUUCUCGGUGCGAUGAUCUUCUCUGUCCUCUGCAUCUACAUCCGGAGUAUCUAUCGAACCAUUGAGCUGUCGCAGGGGUGGUCUGGCUACUUGAUCACGCACGAACGGUACUUCAUUGUCCUGGACGGCAUUAUGAUGGUCUUAGCUGUGGGUGUGUUUAACAUCUUCCAUCCAGGAUGGCUGCUACCUAAGAAUGAGGUCAAGCCAUUCCACCGCGAGAUCUACUCUCCUGACGGGGUAGCCAGUGGAAUGGAGAUGCGGUAA